AUGGCCUCCCAUUUCCUUCUUCUUCCUCCUCUUACAAUGACCCUUUUCACUGUUUUUAUCCUAGUCCAAACAACCAAUUCUUCGCCCCAAGCCCCUCUCAUAUUGCCUCUAAAAUCCCAAACACUCCCACAUGGGUUUGUUUCUGUUCCAAGUCCUUCUUCACGUAAGCUCUCAUUCCACCACAACGUAACCUUAACCGUUUCACUAACCGUAGGCACGCCCCCACAGAGCGUUACCAUGGUCCUGGACACAGGCAGCGAACUCUCGUGGCUCCACUGCAAUAAAAGCCAAAACAUGAACUCAAUCUUCAACCCACAACUCUCUUCCUCGUACACCCCCACACCUUGCACCUCACCCGUUUGCACGGCCCAGACCCGAGAUUUCCCCAUACCCGUUUCCUGCGAUCCGAGAAAUCUCUGUCACGCCAUCGUCUCCUACGCUGACGCCACCUCCAUAGAGGGCAACCUCGCCACCGACACGUUCUCCAUAUCCGGAUCGGGUCAACCCGGUAUUAUCUUCGGGUGCAUGGACUCUGGGUUUAGCUCCAACACCAAAGAAGAUUCCAAAACAACCGGGUUAAUGGGCAUGAACCGCGGGUCGCUCUCGUUUGUGACGCAAAUGGGGUUUCCGAAAUUCUCCUACUGCAUCUCCGGCCACGAUGCCUCAGGCGUGUUACUCUUCGGCGACACGAAACUCACGUGGCUGGGCCCUUUGAAGUACACGCCGCUGGUGAAGAUGAAUACCCCAUUACCCUACUUCGACCGUGUCGCAUACACGGUUCGUUUAAUGGGUAUUAGGGUCGGGUCGAAACCAUUACAGGUGCCCAAGUCAAUUUUCGCACCAGACCAUACCGGGGCGGGUCAGACUAUGGUCGAUUCGGGUACCCAAUUCACUUUCCUUCUCGGGUCGGUUUAUACUGCUCUAAAGAACGAGUUUUUGGAACAGACGAAAGGGGUGCUGACCCUUUUGGAGGAUCCAAAUUUUGUGUUUGAAGGGGCGAUGGAUUUGUGUUUUCGGGUUAGAGGGAAUGUUGUGCCGGCCGUGCCCGCCGUGACGAUGGUGUUUGAGGGGGCGGAGAUGGGUGUGUCCGGGGAGAGGUUAUUGUAUAGAGUGGGUGAUGACGUGGGAAAGGGAAAUGAUGUGUAUUGUUUCACGUUUGGAAAUUCAGAUUUGUUGGGAAUUGAGGCUUACGUGAUUGGGCACCAUCAUCAACAGAACGUGUGGAUGGAGUUUGACUUGGUCAACUCAAGAGUUGGAUUUGCUGACACAAGGUGUGAACUUGCGAGUCGAAGACUUGGCAUGGGUCCUUAG